AUGAAUUCAACACGGGAAGGAGGAAGAGACAUAGUAACGAUAUCGAUUGACCUCUUUCUUGUUAACGCUGGGUUUCAGGUGAUAGUUGCAACGUCAGUUGUCGAAGAGGGUCUGGAUGUGAGCACCUGUAAUCUUAUCAUAAAGUAUAACAGUUCCAGCAAUGCUGUGCAACGUGUUCAACGGAGAGGUACGACAGUCUACCUCAAACGCAUUUCUUAUUUCUUAGCUAGUAUGAGUUCAGUCGGAUAUUGA